GGGCGGGGCGCCGCGGCCGCGCCGGAAGCGGGCCGGGCCGGGCCGGGGCGGAAGGUGGCGGCGGUUCCGAUGGCGGAGGCGGAGGCGAUGAGCUUCGCGUGGCCCUGGCAGUACAGCUUCCCGCCCUUCUUCACGCUGCAGCCCAACGGCGAGACGAGGCAGAAGCAGCUGUCGGCCUGGUGCGCGCUGGCGCUGGCGUACAGCCGGCGGCACCGCCUGCCCGCCAUGACGGUGCGGGAGGCGCAGGACAUCCCGCUCUUCGCCAACAGCCGCCUCCAGCGGAAGCUGCCGCUGGAAUCCAUCCAGGUGGUGCUGGAGGAGCUCCGCAAGAACGGGAACCUGGAAUGGUUAGAUAAGAACAAAACCAGCUUUCUGAUCAUGUGGAGGAGACCAGAAGAAUGGGGAAAGCUCAUCUAUCAGUGGGUGUUGAGGAAUGGCCUGACCAACUCUGUGUUCACGCUGUACGAACUGGCCAGUGGGGAUGAUACCGAGAGCGAAGAGUUCCAUGGGUUGGAUGAGGCUAUGCUGCUCCGUGCCCUGCAAGCCUUGCAGCAGGAGCACAAGGCUGAAAUUAUCACGCUGGAUGACGGCCGAGGCGUCAAGUUCUUCUGACAGGAGGCCCCUUCCCUUCCCCAGCUGCAGUCUUCAGUCUCGCUGACAAGGGUCGCUCCCUGGGCCUGGAUUCACACCCUGACUGCAAGUAGCUGCAUCCUCAGGAUUUCUUGGGGCAAGGAGAGUCUGUGAACCCUUCUGAAGACAUGACUUAGAAAUAUCCCAAGAUCCUCUGUCUGUCUGUUCUUCCUCUUGAUGUGCUUGAGAGGCUAAAGCUGCUCCAAGCAGUUCUGAGAGGGACCACCCAGUAGUGAAACACUGGGGCUGCUGCUGGUCCCUCUUCCUGUGACAGCCUCGGAGCAGUCCCAGCUGGCUGGUUGAGCUCAUCCUCAAAGGGCCCCCCAUCCCUCUGCCAGCCACGUGCCUGGGCCCCCCGGUCCCACUGCAGUGCCCAGGGGUGAGGCAGGAGCAGGGGACUGGCUGUGGCUGCUGUGCUGUGGAGGCCCUCAAUGGCAGAAGGAAAUGCACUUACUGCCAAACGGGCUGGGGGAUGCCAAGGAACUAAUUUCAGGUGAUUAAAAUGAAAUGUAUUUAUAGAGCA